GCAGGAAUAUCCAGCUGAUCUUUUUAAAACUCCAUGGAUCGGAACAUGAAGGGAAUUUCUCUUCAUCAACACCAGACUGAAAACCUGCAGAACCAACUGGACCGAACCGCCCUUCCUGCCGACGUCCAGCGGGUUCUGGUGGUGAAGGAAGAGGUUCCGCUUGAAUGGAGCUCCAGCGCGGAUCAAACCGAUCAACCGGAACCAGAAACGCUCCGGAUAAAGGAAGAAGAAGAAGAAUUCCGGAUCGGUCCGGAGGGAAAUAACGGUCCGGAGGAGACCGACGUCAGCGAAGAGGAACUCCGCUCGCCUCAGAGGGUCAAAACAGAAGACGGCAGCAGCUCGGAUGUGAAACCAGAGGUUGACGAGGUUGAAGGACCAGAUCUCGUCUGGAACCCGUAUCUAACCGCCGAUCUGCAGAUCCGAACGGUUGAAAAGAACUCCCAAUCCUCCGGGACGGACGCCAGCGACGAUGACUGGCAGGAGCCGCUGUCCGGUCUCGGACCCGAAGGGAGUGUAACGUUAUCCGGAGGCACCGGAGAGAAACAGUUCCACUGCGGAAUCUGCGGCAAAAUAUUCAAGCACCGGUACGAGCUGAAGAGACACAUGAUCGUCCACACGGGCGAGAAACCGUACGGCUGCCGCGUCUGCGGCAAGAGAUUCUCCAACCAGGGGAAUGUGAAGCGACACAUGAGCUUCCACACCGGGGGGAAACCCUACGGUUGCGACUUGUGCGGCUACCGGUUCGACGAGAAGGUGCAUCUGGAGAAGCACAUGAGGGUGCACUCGGGGGAAAACCCGCUCCGCUGCGACAGCUGCGGGAAACACUUCAAAUAUCCGAGCGAUCUGAAGAUCCACAUGAGGGUUCACACGGGGGAGGCGCCGUUCCAGUGCGACAUCUGCGGGAAAAUGUUCAAGUACCGCUGCGACCUCACCAAGCACGGCAAGGUGCACGCCGGCAAGCCGCAGUUUCAGUGUGACGUUUGUAAUAAAAGGUUUACGUAUCAGUCGAGUCUGAAAAAGCACACGAGCCUCCACGCGCAGGAGAAGAUGUUGGACUCUGACGGUUGUGAUGAAAAUAAUGUGACGAUAAAGGAAGUGAAUUAA